AUGCGUUCAUUCAGAGUGCAAGAAAUGAUGCAGAGCACUCGCCCCUGUUUGUACUCCUCGGAAGCAAAGGAUGCACUGGAGCCGCUAGUGAGAAAGAUUUUACUCAGUUUUGACCUUUGUGUCCUGCACAGACCACUUGCUACCUCAUUCGAAGGCAGACAUGGCAGUGUGCGCUAUUGGGUGAAAGCCGAAUUGCAUAGGCCUUGGCUUCUACCAGUAAAAUUAAAGAAGGAAUUUACAGUCUUUGAACAUAUAGAUAUCAACACUCCUUCAUUACUGUCACCCCAAGCAGGCACAAAAGAAAAGACUCUCUGUUGUUGGUUUUGUACCUCAGGCCCAAUAUCCUUAAGUGCCAAAAUUGAAAGGAAGGGCUACACCCCAGGUGAAUCAAUUCAGAUCUUUGCUGAGAUUGAGAACUGCUCUUCCCGUGUGGUGGUGCCAAAGGCAGCCAUUUACCAAACACAGGCAUUUUAUGCCAAGGGAAAAAUGAAGGAAGUCAAACAGCUUGUUGCCAACCUGCGUGGAGAAUCUUUAUCAUCUGGCAAGACAGAAACCUGGAAUGGGAAAGUGCUGAAAAUUCCACCUGUUUCCCCUUCAAUCCUUGACUGUAGUAUAAUCCGCGUGGAGUAUUCACUAAUGGUAUGCUGGAGCAUGUUUAGUUUCCAUUGUCCUUAAAAAUUCAUAGCAAAGCUUUUUAUGCUAGCUACAAAAAGAAUGCAUUUCCAAGUAUUAAUAUCCCAGCAGGAGUUCUGUAAGUAAAUUUGACUUAAAUCAUAUGGUUUCUUAAACAGCUGUGAUGUUUUAUCGAAGCAAAUAUGAGUAGAUGGCAUUUUCGUGUGUGAGCUCACGUUAAGAAUCCUGCUUAUAAAUUGACUGUGUCUCCUUAAAGACGUGCACCCUAAAACUGACAGUUACAAAAAGCUCUUCAUGGAGAAUUUCAUGGCAAAAAGAGUUAUCAGAUGAA